CACAUACUCUUGGGACUUGACUUCCCAUUCUCCUCGGCGCGCUUAGCAGCUAUUAUCUAUGGCCCGGAACCAGACGUCUAGUUUUGUCCGGCGUGCUUACACCUUGGCGCGCCAUGGGAACUUCGGAGCGACGGUUUUGCGACGAAGCCAGCGACGGCUGAGCGACGACCUUGCGACGCCGAGCCAGCGACAGUUGAGCGACAGUGCAAUCCCUGAGUUCGGCAUGGCGGUCCGAGGUGACGCCCUAGUCUGAGGAGGUAUAGGUACGCUCGGGCGCGUUGGCAGGGGGGAAGGGGCGCGCGGCUCUGUUCGGGCGGGCUCUGUCCGCUGGAUCUCGUCCUGCCCGUGCGACAGCGUAGCAUCGUGAUAUCAGCCAGUUCUUGAGAUUUGUCCAGUUUCGCUGAAAUUCGCAAGCGGCGGCCUCCCUUUUCGCAAACGACCUCUUCUUUCGUUCACGUCUCGCUCCCGUCGCAGGGGCUGGUCCUCCGCAGUCCGAGCCAACAUACGGAGAAUUGCGACGACAGACCUAGAGUAAAUGUACAUACAUACAUACGUGCCAAUUUCCAGGCGUCUCAGCCCCAGAGACCCCGGAGGUAGACCCUGUGUGCAUAUUUAGAUACAUAGCUUCUCCUCGUCUCGUCUCGUCUCGUCUCGUCUCGUUGCUAGUUCCACAUCUCGGGGAAACCAUUUUCUCAGGCCCUUUCAUGUAGAGCGUUUGAAUCGGUAUUCGCCUGCCAAUCAGUGAUGGCUGCGAAGAACCUAGAGAUUGCCGAAUCCUGGGGUCUCCUGCACCAUGUUUCCGAGCCUGGGACUUCCGGCUCGUCCGAGCCUGGGACUUCUGGCUCGUUGGAGGCCGGAAUUCUGGAAUCCCAAGUCACGCAUCACGCUGUGCGGAAGCACGUGGGGGCGGAUAUCGACCCCGCGAUUGGACUUUCCAACGAUCCGAGCCCGGCUGUAGUGCCAGAAGCGUUCCUCACGCGACAUCACGAGUAUGGGUCACGGGCUCGGGACCAGGCUCUGACAGAGCAACAAUCUGCGAUCUUCCCGCGAAUUCUGCUGGAUUGGAGGAGGAAACUGGGGGGGAGUUCUCCGGGGGUGCACGAUAAGACGGAUUUGAGCGUCAGAGGAGGCCGAAACGCCUUGGGAUCGCGAGACGAGAAAGCGGGUGGGGAGAAGGGUGCAGCGAGUACGGUGGAGUCGUGGCUGUGGGUCUUUGGCUGCGUGGCCGGGCUUCUGGUGCCUCUCGCUAUACUUUUCUUCUCGCUUACGACGAAUCGAGCUCGGUUGGACAGCAGUCAGCUCUGGGGCCUGUCCCCUUCGAUGCGGUCGCCAGUAGUGGCGUGGGAGCGGCCUGGCUGUAUCCUCACUCUGGACUCGCGCUACAACCCUGAGGGGGUGCGGGCAGUGGAGGCAGCUGUAGCACGGCUGUUGAGGGACCUGGGGGCGGAAGGGGAAGGGGUGGGGGGGGAAGGGGUAGGGAGAGAGGGUGUUGGGGCGGGGGUGGGGGAUAAGCGGCAGGAGGGGAGGAGGGGGAAGAGCAGGGGAAUGCAGGAGAUUCAGGAGGUGAGGGGGAAGCGUGGGAAGAGGGAGAGGGAUGGGGAGGGGAGGUGGUAUGGAGGGCGGAAGGGGAGGCGGCUGAAGGGAGGAGGGAGAGAGGGGAAAGGGGAGAAUGAGAAGGUGAAGGAAAGAGGGAGGCGAAGGGAUGAGAUGAGUGCGAAGGAGAGCAAGGGAGGUGAGAAGUCUCGGAGGGGAGGGGAGGGCAGGCAGAGGAAGGGAGAGGGAAGAAAGUCAGUAGGAGACAAUGCCAGCUUUUCACAAGAGGGAGAGCAGAGGCAGGCGCGUGCAGGAGAAGGGGGGGAGCAGAAACAGAAGCAGAUGCCCGAGGUGUGGAGGAGGCUGUACGAGGGUCUGCCCAAGAUGCUGGAUUUGGAGGGGAAUGAAGUCGAGGGGAAGAUGCCCAUCUGGGUGACUCUGGCUGUCAACAUGUUGUACGCACGGCGACAUGGGUACCGGCUAGUGGCGGAAAGCGGGUCAAAAUACACGCAGGAUAGGCACCCCUCCUGGUUCAAGGUGCCGUUUUUGGAGGAGCAGUUAUCCUGCUGCUGCCAGUGGGCCUUCUUUCUCGACUCGGAUGCAUACAUGCGCAUGAAGCACCACCGCCUCUCCGUGCAUGAUUGGGUCCAAGUCAUCAGAGAGCCAAACUACUUCAGCUGGCUCUUCGAAGCCAAUCUCACGGACUCUCUAGACGGCCAGGUGUGGGUCCCACAGGACCCCGCCCUGCUGCUACAGCCGGCCACCGCGCUACAGCCGGAGGGGCCGGUAGCUCUGAUACCAAGGAAUGGGGAUUCGAGGGGGGGAUAUGUGGGGGGCGCCAACAUGCUGUUUAAGGCGGAGAGGGACUAUAUCAAUGCAGGGGUGAUGCUGUGGAGGCGAUCCCCAGACAGCUUCAAGUUCUUCAAGGAAUGGUACAAUGUGACUGAAGACGAGUACCACCGCUACAAUCACGUAUGGGAGCAGUCAAAUCUCAACAGGGUUGCUCGUGAGGAGCGGUGGAGGGGGAAAGUGGUAGUGGUGCCGUAUCGUGAGCUUACCGGCCCGGAGGGAGAGAUGGUGCGGCAUGUGUGGGGCAGCUUGCCGAAGGAAGCACAUGAGAGGGUGGUGUAUGAGGCGUUGGAGGAGGCACUCGGCUUACCCUAGUGAGGAGCAGUGGAGGGAGGAGUAAUGAUCGUGCCGUGUGGCACAGAGGUUAUGGUGCCAGAGGGAGUUAUGGUGUGGCAUGUGUGGAGGAGUGUUGUAUUCCUGUAGAAGCAUGAGAGGGUGGUGUAUCAGGCACUGAUGGAUGAGGCACUUGGCUUGUCUCAGUGAAAUCAUGCUUCUACACGUCCGAGCCAUGUGUUGGGUAGCUGAGUAAAAGAAGCACAUGAGAGGGUGGUGUAUGAGGCAUUGGAAGUGGCACCGGGCUUGCCCUUGUGAGGUGGUCGUGUGUUUUGGGCCCAGAGUAAUUUUUUUUUGCUGCGGCAUGCAUGGAGUAAUCUUUUGAUGAAGGGACAUACAAGAGGGUGGUGUGUGAGGCCAAGGAGUAGGCAUUGGGCCGUGACGUGCUCUGUUUUGAGUGCGUAACGACGUGCUGGAUGGAAUGGUCCCAUCGCAUCACAUGGAUGUGAUGUGUGCAGAUUGGAUAACGUUGGAUGAUUUGUUGUUGUAGGAUCACUCUGUAGAAAUCGGGCAUUUCAUUGUUGGUUGUGUUGUGUGAGACUAUUUUUGCUACGAGAAUUCUUUUGGCAUGUAUAAAUGCAACUAUCCCCA